ACCCAAGACCCCGUGGUUAGCCCGUGCGUGGUCACCCGAGACCCCCAGCCCCUGCUGCUGCGCUUAUAAACUCGCCCUCCGGGUGGCCAUGGCCGAGCUCCAGUCCAGUGCUGGCGUUGUAUGAGAGGUGGGCCGCGCCUGGUGGAGUGGAGCGUGGGUGGAGGAGGUGGUGCCGAGGAUGAGCUGCAACGGGUGCCGCGUGCUGCGUAAGGGGUGCAGCGACGCGUGCGUGCUGCGGCCGUGCCUGCAGGGGAUCGACGGCGCCGAGGCGCAGGGCCACGCCACCGUCUUCGUCGCCAAGUUCUUCGGCCGCGCCGGCCUCAUGUCUUUCCUCACCGCCGUCCCCGAGACACAGCGCCCAGCGGUGUUCCAGUCGUUGCUGUACGAGGCGGCCGGGAGGACGAUCAACCCGGUGAGCGGCGCCGUGGGCCUGCUCGGCGUGGGGAGCUGGCAGACGUGCCAGGCAGCGGUGGAGACGGUGCUGCGGGGCGGCGCCAUCGGCCCGCUUCCCGAGUUCGACGUGGGCCGCGACACGUUCGCUCUGGCGGCGAGGCGGGCCGUGGGGUGCUCGACGUUCUCGACGGCGAAGCGUGCGCCGACGACGACGAGGACGAACGUGGGGGCGCCCCCGCCCGUCCCGCUCCCGCCGGAGCCGUCGUGCGACCUCGGGCUGUGGCUCAGCCCCGGAUCACCCCCGGCGCCUGGGGAGCGGCGGCGGCCAGCCACGCCGUCCUUGAACUCCGAGGAGUCCGUGACGACGACGACGACGAGCGGCGGCGCGCGCGGAGGGAGGGAGCCGGAGCUGCUGAACCUUUUUGUCUGAGAGAGAGAGAGAGAGAGAGAGAGAUUAGCUAUAGACCGACGGCUUGGCUAAAAGCCAGCGGUCGAUCAUGCAGCAUAUCAUGUGCCCCUCGGCGCGCGGUGCGCUGUGCUGUUGCUUGAUCCCGGCGAAAACAUUUGUCUAGCUAGCCUCUCGCCGGCGAGGUACCAGUAGUCUUCUUCUUCCUUUUUGGGCGUGUAGAAACCAUGGGCCACCGCCCACCACCGGUGCCGGCAGCAGCAGCCCCUCUGCGUGCCGCCGUCCGUUAACUGUUUAUUUUGUUUCUUCCCAACUUUGUUGGCAAGCACAAAGCAGCAGCAGCACCCACCGCUCCAUCGCUGAAUAAAAAAUUUUGUAAACUAAGGGUAAAGCGAAGUGGCGCUGCGUCGAUGUUAA